CCUUAAAACCUGAGGACCGCAUACAUUUGACUUGACAUUCAGAUCUGAUCCUAACAGAUUAUACUUGACUAUUUUUCUCCUCACAUCAGAUGGAGAACUUAUGUGUCAAACUUGCACAAGUCAAGCAUGUUCUACACCAGUCCCAGGUCCAUGUCCCUCUGGGAUGUGUGUAACAACCUCCGUUCAAGGACAAAUCUACAAGGCGUGUGCACCGUCCUCCCUGUGCCCAGCCCCAGGCUCGCAGACAUUUUCAGUUAACAUGGAUUUUUUGAGUGCACUUACAUCUGCAACAUGCUGCAACACAGAUAACUGCAACUCAGCCAACCUGCCUUCCCCUGCAGCUGGUUCAGCUAAUAGCCUUCAGUGUUUCAGUUGUAACGCCAUCACCUCUCAAUGCAACAGUUUGAUACAAUGUAAGGGAACAGAGGAUCGCUGUUUUCAAGCCAGUGUGACAAUUGGGUCGAACACAAUUCCAGCUCUUGGUUGCGCGUCUGGAAACAUGUGUGCUGUUGCUUCCAGCCUGGGAACCAUACCCUUCCUGCAAAGUGCUGUUAAAAUCAGUGGACUUGCCUGUUGUGACACCAAUUUAUGUAAUACUCUAACUGCAACAACUACAACUGUUCAAACAACUACAACUGCUCCAACAACUGCACCUGCUGCAACAACUGCAACAACUCCAACUGCUCCAACAACUGCAACUGCUGCAACAACUCCAACUGCUCACACAACUACAACUGCUGCCACAACAACUGCUGCCCCAACAACUACAACUGCUGCCUCAACAACUGCUGCCCCAACAAAAACAAUCUCCACCUCAGCAACAGCUAUAUCUACUUCAAGUGACGCCUGUUGUAUCAGAAUGGGUAUGAUCCAUCUGCUGAUCGGACUCCUAGUCUUUACUGUCUAUUAGAGCAAAGGAAAAAAAUGGGGAAAAGGACCACAGAAGUCACCAGAGAGCCUCUGAAAGACCCCUUUGAAGUCUAACUUUGGAUUUACUCACUGCCAUCUCUAGUAAGUUAUUACAGGGGAUAAAUUAAAUUAUAAAUUUAGGAAAGGGGGUUGGAGUCCAGGGCGGCGGAUGUGGAAUACGAGGGCACCAAUAAAAUAGACACAGGCUUCAGAAACACAAAACAGAGGUGACACAACCUUUUGUCACAGUUUCCAUUUUCUUGGUUCAUACUUGCUUUGAUUUUCUCUCAAAUGUUUGUGUAUUUCAAAUGGACUGAAUGCUCUGACAUUAAAUGAUAU